AUGGCUAGAAACUUACAAUCGCAGCUUAAAACUCUGCAAAAACGUGAACGACAAAUAGUGCUUAUGCUGGACAGUGUCGAUCGGUUUUUGCAACACUAUAAUUCUGAACAUGAUGAGUGUCAAUUAACUUCAAGGAUUCAAGCUUUGGAUCCAGUGUACAGUGAGUUUUACGAAGUGCGUGGAAAAAUAGAGAUUGCUUUGGAAGAGGCCGAUGAAAAGCUGGACAAGGAUUUGGAAGAGGACACUAAAAAGGAAGCAGAAAAGCAACGACAGGAUGAGAACGAAAGGAUUUUGCUGGAGUUUGAGGAUCGAUUUUUCGAGUUGAAGGGAAUGCUCAUGAAACUUCAAUCGUCGAAAGCAUCUCAGCCAAACGACGAGUCGAGAUUCAGCCAAGAUCGGUCCGCCCCAUUUUCGCGUGUCAAGCUUCCAGAGAUUCGACUUCCAACCUUCAACGGAAAGAUCAAGGAAUGGGUGACGUUCAGAGAUAGCUUUCGGAGUCUCAUUCAUUGCAAUCCUCAGCUAGGAUCUACGGAGAAGUUCACGUAUCUCAGGUCUGCCGUCACAGGUGAUGCGUUGAAGGAUAUCGCAUCCAUUGAACUCACCGAUGCCAACUAUGAUGUCGCUUGGGAUAUUUUGGAGGAGCGUUACGAGAAUCGUAAGCUCAUUGUGAAGGCUUACCUGGACGCUUUAUUCGCUUUAGAACCACUGAAGAAAGAAGGCUACGACGGGCUGAAUAAUCUGAUCACCGAGUUCGAGAAGAAUCUUCAGAUGUUGCAGAAGGUCGAUGAAGAAACCGAAGGCUGGAGUACAAUCCUGAGCUACAUGCUGAGCGCCCGUCUUGAUCCUGUUACUCUUCGAAAUUGGGAAACACAUCAUAACAGCAAGGAAGUUCCCAGGUACGAAGACCUCAAGAAGUUUUUACGCAACUAUUGUAGUGUUCUCCAAUCUGUAGCGCCAUCAAAAGGGUCAAGUUCAACAGACAACAAGCAAUCCAGGAGUUCAGUGUGUAAUACCGCAUACAAGUCGUCGAAUCGGUGUCCGUUCUGCAACGAGCCGUGGCAUUCACCCUUCCACUGCCAGAAGUUCAUGCGUCUAAAAUUGUCUGAGCGUUUGGACGCGGUAAAUCGAGCCAGAGUCUGCCGUAACUGUUUCCAGAGUGGUCAUUUCGCAGCGAAUUGCAGCCGAAGUACCUGUCGUCAUUGUCAUCAGAAGCAUCAUUCGUUAAUCCACGCGUCGCGAUCCUCCGUUCCACACCCGUUGAAUCCGAAGCCGUAUCAACAGUCAACGUCACAACCCAUCGUUCAACAAGCAUCGUUCCAACAGCCAAAUCCACAACUCCAACCAACAAACACCGAGAACUUGCACACCUCAACACAAAAUGCACCAACCACCUCACAACACACAAACACACAACAAACCUCAACACAUAGUAACACCAGUCAAAAUUAUGUCGCACUUCCUGCUUCUCCUUCGAAUAACAUUAUUCUGUCAACGGCUCUAAUAAGAGUGAAAGAUCGUCAUGGCAACACGCUGAUUGCUCGAGCUCUUCUUGAUUCUUGUUCGCAACAUUGCCUCAUGACACGUGACUUCUCUCGCAAGCUGCGCUUCGUUGAAUCACCCACGUUCCUGUCGGUCCAAGGUAUUGGAUCAUCGCAAAGUGUUUCAACAAAGGCUGUAAGCGCUGAAAUAACUCCCCGUUCGCCGAAGAUGUCCCGCUUCCAGGAAACUGUGCAAUUUUUCGUUUUACCAAAGCUCACUCUUCAUUUGCCAACAACUUCGUUUGAUCCAUCCACUUUGCCGCUUCCUGAUGCAUCGCUCCUGGCAGAUCCGUAUUUCCAUGAGUCGAGGCGCAUAGACGUAAUAAUUGGCGCUGAAUAUUACAUGGACUUGCUCACAAACGACAGACGGAAGAUAACUGCAAACGGACCAACUCUACAAAAGACCGUAUUCGGAUGGAUUGUCUCGGGUCGAGUAUCAAGCGCAACACCAUCCAUUUCUCAGACUUAUGUUUGCUCAAUUGUAGAUCUUCAAGAUCAAUUGAUGAAGUUUUGGGAACUGGAAACCUGCCGCGUUAAAAGCGUCCUGUCGAUAGAAGAAUCGUUGUGUGAAAAGAUCUUUCGAGAAACUACGAUACGUGACACUGAAGGCCGAUUCGUCGUUACACUUCCCAAGAAAGAGUCUGUGAUUGAUCAAAUCGGCAACUCACUCACGAGAGCUGCUAGUCGUUUUACGGCACUGGAAAGGCGAUUCGAAACCGAUGCGGAUUUGAAGAAGUUGUAUGCUGCCUUCGUCCACGAAUACCUUGCACUAGGGCACAUGCAAGAAGUGUCAGACAAGUCGGAUCUAGAAAAAGGCUACUACAUACCGCAUCUCCCUGUGUUUAAACCUGACAGUACGACGACAAAAUUGCGGGUGGUGUUCGAUGCAUCAUGCAAGUCAUCCUCUGGUGUUUCGUUGAAUGACGCUCUAAUGGUGGGACCUGUCGUCCAGGAUGAGCUGCUGGAUAUCACGCUACGCUUCAGGCUUCAUCAGUACGCGAUUGUAGCUGACAUAGCCAAGAUGUAUCGAAUGAUCAAGGUGCAACGUGGGGAUCAUCGGUGGCAGAGAAUUUUGUGGCGAGAUUCAAGAGAUGAGUCUGUUCGGACCUUCGAACUUAACACCGUUACUUACGGUACUUCCUCCGCCCCUUAUCUUGCUACAAGGUGUCUGCAACAAUUGUCCCAGGAUGGAGCUGAGGAAUAUCCGAUCGCAGCUGAGGUGCUCGCUUCUGCGUUCUACGUCGACGACAUGCUGAUUAGUGUCAAAUCCAUUGAGGAAGGAAAGCAACUUGUGCAGCAAAUGAUGAGCCUCAUGGAUUCUGCUGGAAUGUCUCUCAGAAAGUACGUUUCUAACUGCUCGGAGAUUCUACAAAAUGUACCCUCCCAUCUCUGUGAUGAACGAUUGGUUUGUGAGUUAGACUCAACCAGAUCUACUGUGAAAACCCUUGGACUGCAGUGGCAGCCUAGCUCCGACGACUUCCGCUUCAGUACGAUUUCUUGGGAUGAUAAAGCACCGAUUACCAAGCGAAAAGUAUUGUCAGACGUAGCACGGCUUUUCGAUCCCUUAGGACUAGUUGGCCCCGUCGUAAUCCAAGCUAAAAUCUUUGUACAAGAUCUGUGGAAACUCCAAUGUGAUUGGGAUGAGGAACUGAGCGUUGAGCUUCAAGAGCAGUGGAGGGAGUAUCGUCGAAAUUUUGCAAGUUUAGACACAAACCGAGUCUCCGAGAUCCAACACAUCACGGUCGCUGGAACAUGGAAUCACGUAGCAGGAGUUGAAAACCCGGCAGAUAUAAUUUCCCGAGGCAUGAUUCCAGCACAGUUGCAGUAUCAAUCGCUCUGGUUUCAAGGCCCAUCUUGGUUGAGGCUUGAAGAGAAACACUGGCCCCAGAAUGUGAACGUCGUUGAGGAGUCGUUAGAGAAGUCAUCGUUGGAAGAAAAGGCGAGUACCACGGCUGUAGCACAGGUUGUAGAACCAAGCGAAGUAUUUAGAUGGAGAUCCUCUUACAUAGAGCUAAUGCGCCUUGUGGCAUGGAUGCGACGAUUUCGAUUCAACUCUCAGAUUGCGCAUAGAGAUAUUAAAAGAAGUGGUGCCCUGACUCUCACAGAACUCGAUGAAUCGCUAAAGACGCUUGUACGAAUCGCUCAGAAAGAGAGCUUUCCGAAAGAGUACUGUGAUUUGAAGAACAAUCGUCCGAUUUCACCGUCAUCAAAACUGAUGACAUUGACGCCGGAGAUGGUAGAUGGGUUAAUCCGGAUUGGCGGCCGGCUCCGACAUGCAUCGAUUUCCGAUAACCGAAAGCACCCGUACAUCUUGGAUCAUCGACAUCCGUUUACCGAAACAGUGAUGACAUACUAUCACCGAAAGUUGUUUCACGCAGGUCAACAGCUUCUCAUUGCUGCAGUUAGAGAUCAAUUCUGGCCAACGCACAUCGGAACCCUUGCUCGCUCUGUGAUCUUCAAAUGUGUCCCUUGCUUUCGCGUGAAACCCAAGAUCCAGGAACAGAUCAUGGCAGAUCUACCAGUUGAACGAGUGACUCAGUGCCCAGUUUUUGAGAGAGUUGGUGUGGAUUACUGUGGGCCAUUUUUUGUAACGUAUCCUCAGCGAAAAUGUCGGCCUGUCAAGGUUUUCAUCGCUAUCUACGUUUGCCUUGUGACAAAGGCUGUGCACAUGGAAGUGGCUUCAGAUUUGUCCACGCAAGGUUUCCUUGCCACUUUUCAACGGUUUUGUAGUCGUCGAGGUGCUCCUCGGUUGGUGAUGUGCGACAAUGCGAAGAAUUUUGUUGGAGCAAAACGUGUUCUGGACGAAGUUCACGGGUUGUUCAUCAGCAAGCAGUUCCAAAACACGGUGGUUGAUUACGCAGCAAACCAAGGCAUCGAGUUUCAUUUCAUCCCUGCACGCUCGCCAAAUUUUGGAGGACUUUGGGAAUCUGCAGUGAAAUCGUUUAAAACUUUGCUCAAACGGACAGUUGGACAGCGCUCGCUUGGACACGAGGAGUUCCAGACAAUCGUGGUGAAGAUUGAGGCAGCAUUGAACUCCAGACCUAUCACCGAACUCAGCAAUGAUCCUGAUGACUUCGAACCGCUCACACCAGGACAUUUCCUGGUGCAAAAGAAAAUGACUGCUCUCCCUGAACGCGAUUUGAAGGACGUACCGGAGUCGAGACUGAAGGUCUGGCAGAGAAUGGAGCAGAUUUCCCAGAAUCUGUGGGCGAAGUGGUCGACUCAGUACCUGUCUAACCUCAACAACCGAACGAAGUGGACUAAGAAGAAGGACAACAUCAAAAUCGGCACCUUGGUCAUACUGAAGGAGGAAAAUUUCCCGCCUCUGCAGUGGCCCAUGGCACGAGUAGUAGACCUGCACCCUGGUACAGAUGGAAACAUACGCGUUGUCACUGUUCGCACACAGAACGGCACAUACAAGAGAGGCAUUUCGAAAAUUUGCGUGUUACCCAUCCGUGACAACCUACAAUCGUCAGAAGAGGAGAACCUGGACUCCUCCACCGGCGGAGAUCAAUAG